UUCUUUUCAGUUGACAAAAAUCAUUGCCUCGGAGCGGUCGGCCAUUGUUGCUCUCCGGUAGAAUUGAACUCGCUGCUUUUUACUGAACCUCGUGUUUGAAAAUUCUUGCGUUUUUACUUUCAUUGUGUUUCUGUGCGACCAUCAUGUGUAUUCCUCUGUGAUUUUCAGAUAUGGAUUUACCUUGCAAGUCUCUUCUCUCUAGAGGGCAUUGGUCCUUGUGCCUUCUCGUGAUCGUGGUAUGUUGGUGUGCUCGCCCUGUGGAAGGGGCCGAAGAAGUGUCCCCGCAAGAUGACGGAGGGACGGAAGGAAUAACGAACGGGACCAGGAAGAUGGUGGCAGGGUUGCCGACGGGAACAGGCGAGGUGGAGGAGUCGGGGAACCCCGGAGACACGUCCAAGUCGGCGAGUGGUGGAGGCGGCAACGCGGAGGCGGCACCGGCCCCGCCGACCUUCACCAAGAAGGACACGAUGCACAGGAUCGUCAAUAAGCCCGCCGGGAAUACGCUUCGCCUCAAGUGUCCCGCUACCGGGAACCCAGCGCCAAACAUAACGUGGUUCAAAGAUGGAGUCUCAAAUUUCACCCGCCAUCUAGGUUUAGUACGCUACCAUGGCUGGGGUAUGGCCAUGGAUGAUAUUGUUGUCAAUGAUUCUGGCUAUUACACCUGUCGCAUCUGUAACUUUCUAGGUUGCAUUGAGUUCUCUUCAAAAGUCGAUGUCAAAGAGCGGGUUCAGCAUAGACCCAUCUUGACUGACCCGCCAGAGAAUGCCACGGAAUUAGUCGGUGCCACGGUGACAUUUUCAUGCUUGUUUCUCUCCGAUCUUCAUCACCAUGUAGAUUGGUACAAGGGCUUUAUUUCUGAUAAUGACACUGAAAUCUCAAAGGAAAUGGUGAUGACGGUGAAGGAUGGUCAGUCUGCAGAGUACCUGACGCUGACUAACAUCACCCACGAUGAUGAAGGCUGGUACACUUGCAUUGCCAGUAAUGGUCUAGGAAAUACCACAGCCAGUGCCUAUUUAGCAGUUUUAGAUGAAUUUCCACCUGAUCCUGUUGUUACGUUGGCUGCUUCAGAUUCUUUCAAUGAACGCCUCCUUUGGGGGCUUUGCAUCGCAUUUGUAUUUACAGUGCUUUUUGUAGGUUGUGUUAUUACAGUUUUCCGCACCAAACUUCGCAGAGAAAAGCAAGAAAAGAACCAAGCAAUGGAAAUAGCUCGGGCAGCAAUCGUCUCUGUCUGGACAAAGAAAGUCAUCAUUGAGAAACAAGAACAGUCAGAAAUGGGAAAUGAACUGAUGAUGCCCAUAGUGAAAAUUGAGAAACAAAUGUGCAAAAAUAAAAAAGCAUCAGAUGUUAGCUCCAUGUCUGAGUACGAACUUCCACUAGAUUCUGACUGGGAGUUUCCGCGAGACAAACUGAGUAUUGGCAAAAUUCUUGGCGAAGGAGCGUUUGGUAAAGUUGUAAGAGCUGAAGCUGAUGGCAUUGUGCAGCUGGGUGUAUCCACAACAGUUGCAAUCAAAAUGUUGAAAGAGGGACACACGGAUGCUGAAAUGAUGGACCUCAUUUCGGAAAUGGAAGUGAUGAAGAUGAUAGGGAAACAUGUAAAUAUUAUCAACCUCCUGGGAUGUUGCACUCAGCAUGGGCCCUUGUAUGUUAUCGUUGAGUUUGCGCCUCAUGGAAAUCUGCGUGACUUUUUGCGCUCCCGAAGGCCAUCCUCUGGCUCUGGCUAUGAACCUGCCAUCGGAAGUGGACAGCAAGCGUAUCUGACACAGAAGGAUCUAGUCUGCUUUGCAUACCAAGUUGCUCGUGGCAUGGAGUACCUUGCAUCGCGAUGUUGCAUUCACAGGGAUCUGGCAGCUCGAAAUGUUCUGGUAAGCGAACACUAUGUCCUGAAAAUUGCUGAUUUUGGUCUGGCGAGAGACAUCCACAACCACGACUACUACCGCAAGACAACGGACGGACGUUUGCCUGUCAAAUGGAUGGCUCCAGAAGCACUUUUCCAUAGGCUCUAUACCUCCCAGUCUGAUGUGUGGUCUUAUGGUGUUCUCUUGUGGGAAAUUAUGACGCUUGGAGGCACCCCGUAUCCGUCAGUGCCAAGUGUAGAAAAAUUGUUCCAGCUCCUUCGCAGUGGUCACAGAAUGGAGAAGCCUCCCUACUGUUCCUUAGAAAUCUACCUGCUGAUGAGAGACUGCUGGAGUUAUCAGCCUAGCGAAAGGCCUCAUUUCUCCGAAAUAGUGCAAGAAAUUGACAAGAUAUUAACUGUGACCACAAAUGAGGAGUAUCUAGAUCUGGGUCUGCCUCAGUUGGACACACCACCGUCGAGCGAUGAAUCUCUGGACAAAGUCCAGUACCCAUGUCUGAUCUAAUUUUGUCAUCGUGUUAGUCUCAAUUUCACUUAGAGCACAUCAUCCAGUGGGCAUUCUAUUUGUAAUGAAUCUCACAGGAAACUCCCAUUAGGUCGCUAGCGGUCUGUUCAUCUACAGAUGACUUUUUUAACUUGUUCAUCAGCUCUGCGAUUUCACCAUUAGUUUUGAAGCAAGCAUGAUCAGUUUGAAUGUUUACCCAAAGUCAUCAAGAGCAUGGCAUUAAGUUGGAUCUGGCAUGGGAUGGAACUUCAAUAUCUACACUUGAAGUUCGAAGCACUUUUUUGUCCAUCACUGAUUUAACUCAUUUGAGAAAAGACUUUUUUUGCCAAGCGACCUUGGCAAGACAUUUUUUUUUAGUAUUCAUGGAAGCGCAAUGGUUAUUUACACUUUAAAAUUUCUAUUUUCCCAUGGAGAUGGAUGAAGCAACAAACAGUUUAUUUCCUUCAAGAAAUACACUAAAAUUGUGCCUUCGUUGUAUUGAGAUGAUAAUUUUGCUACCUUUCUUAAGAUUUUAUAGAGAUUUUUUUCAGUUUAUGUUUGAAUAUUUGUUAGCAAGUUCGUUCCUUUUUAUUUUAGUUUUUUUAUUGUCUAAACAAAGAUAAAUACCUGUAUUUUUCUGUUAGCUAUAUAUGCGAUUUAAAUGUUUCAUUGUGUUGAGGUGAAUUUCUGCACUUUUGGAGAAGAUUUGAAUUUCUGCAAUGUAUGGAGAAUGGCAAACUUUUGAGAAUAUCUUUUAAAAAGGCUCAAAUUUAAAGCUUUCUACAACGUGUGGGGUAUCAAUGCUUAAAAUAUUGUCCUAUAAUUUUUUGCUUUGACAUUGAAAGGACUGCAAGAGGAAAAUGUCAGACAAAUCAAAUUGAAAGCGCAAAACUGUGUUUGACCAAAGGGUCAUCUGCUUUACUCCCUCAGUCAUUAAAAAAAAUGAAUAUUAAUUAUCAGUUAGCUCUUUGUGAGAGAGUUUCAAAGUUCUGAAUAUUUUUUGAUCUUUGAUUUUUUUGGUGACAAGAGACACUAAAAUCUGUAGAUCCAUUUUCAUAGUUGCAACAGAGUCUAAAAAACUAAAGAUUACCCACCUGUUCGUAUAUUCUUGACUGGUUAAGUAUAAUUUCUCAGUGAAUUGCAAGAGAGAAAAAAUUACUAAUCUUGAAAGUCUGAUUAGUAUUGAACUGUUCAAAAAAUUAUCAUAAAUUUAUUUUUUAAUUCACCCAGUUUUUGGCUUGACGCUUGAUUGGCCCCAAUUGUUUGUCAUGUUUUUGUUUUGUUUAAGUGCCUCCUUAUCUGCAAAAAUUUUAUAAAUUGUAUAUCGAGCAUGAUUUGAUUAAUAUUGAUUCCUUAAAGUCUUGAUGAAAAGUAGAGGGCAAGUUUUAUUUUUGUUUUUUUUUUGUUUUUCAUCAGUUUCUAUUUUAUUUUUCAUGUAAGUAAUAUGGAGAGAUAUGUAUAAUUUGUCACUUGCAGAGGUGCUAUUAUUUUUCCGAGUUCAUGAGAGUUUCUAUCAGUAUUAUGUAUAUUUUAUGUAAAUUAUUAAAAUAAGGAUGUUGUAAAUGUGUAACUAUUAUGGAGCGGUUUUCAAACAUUAAAUUAUUCAUUCAAAACCAUUCUAAUCACUCAGGAAAAGUGAUUUUCAAAUUGAAAACGUUAUGCGAUGCUUGAUGGCUAUCUUAAUUUCUGAAUGGCUAGAGUCUGUCUUUAGGUUCAGCAAAGAGUUCCUCUUCUCCUAGUGUUUUUAUUUUUUAUUCACACCAUGGAAUCAAAAUUUAUUCAUCAGUAUGAGGCGCAUACAUAUGUACACCUCUAGACCUCCAAUUUUGUUCUCUCAAAGAAACUAUCGAACUGCUAUGAUUGCUCCAUUUUUUUCCUUAGAAGUUUCGAACUUCCAGUUUCAUGAUGAUCAUCCCGGUGAGUUUGUGUCAAACAAUGAGAAAUCUAGCGAUAUAAAGCAUUCAAAAAUCGUAAUUCAUCAUUUUACUGGUAUUACACAGGGAUUUGUCCAGUAGUCACAAUUAAAUUGAGUAAGACAAAAAUAAUUUUCCCGUAAAAUUCGAAAGGAAUUUUUGGGAGUUGCUCAUGUGUCGUACUGAGUAUGCUAAAUCGAAGUCGUCCAAAGAUGUGCCUAUUUUAAAUUGUAUCAUUCAAAAGUUUAUGUUUUUGUUAACUCAUUUUUGUACAAAAUAAUUCUGUAAAAAUGACCAGUGAAGUUGUGUGAUUUUAUCAUACUCUCUAAUCUAUGUAUAUUCUUUUAUGAAAGUGCCUUGAGUAGUAUUUAUUUUGUACACUUUGUUUUUAUGAAGUAAAGUUAUCAAAUGUAUGUGUAUGUCUAGUUUACACCUUUGGCUAUACAGGCCAAUUAUUGAAAUUUUGUGUUUUCCAACCAGAUGAGACAAGACUAAUUGUGAGACGAAUUGGAUUAAGUUAAGCAAACAGUCACAUCUGCAUUGCAAUGUUUCAAAAUCUCAUGUCCUAUUAAAAUUAUUUGGAUGGAAACCAUCCAACAUUUUUGCUCAAAAUUUUUUGGAAAUAUUUCCCAUAUGUGCAAGAAAAAUCGUAAAAAAUUUCGAGCAGGGAUGUUGGUUGGUUUCCCUCCAAAAAAUUAAAAUAGGAGAUAAGAUUUUUUGGAACUCCGCAAUGCAGAUGUGACUGUUUUGCCUAACUCGACCAAAUUGGAGUAAGAUGAUUGGCUGGUUUUAUUGUUCUGUAGUCAUGCCUCCAUGAGACUGAAUAAUCGACAAGUUGUAUGUGCCUCCUUGGUGGCCAGAAGCCAGAUGAUUAUCCAUUCUUGAAAAAAGCGCAAUUGAUUUUGGAAGGAUGAAACUGAUCAGUGGCCUACUCUAUUCCUCUUUAAUCUUGUUUCCAGUCUCAAAAUCUCAACAUUUGGCUCUCUGAACUGUUGAUUGUUUUGGUCCUGGUACCAUCCAACUGUUAAAAUAAUCGUCUGUGGGGACACUGAUCACAUUCAAAGUUUCAAAUCGAAAAAGCAACCUAGCUUGAGAUCAUGAGAUGUCUUAAGCGGUUGAAAUUAAGACUUUCAUAGUAACACCUAGUAACUCAAGUCAAAAGUAUAUUCCUGAUGGCAUACGAAGGCAGUGGUGCGUAAUAAUUUUGAGAGUAUGUGAGUGGUAACAAAAAGAGAAAAGUUUUGAAACAAUUUUGAUUAAAAAUGCCCUCUCAGUGGUGGUAAGUUUUACUGAAGUUUAAGGAAAAAUUUUCAGUGAAAAAGUAUUUGUUGAGUUGAGUUGGAAGACAGCUGGAUUUUGAAUUCCCAACGGUAAACUUUUAUAUUUUUAUCUUCGAACGUAAUGUUAAAUUCUUCAUCCUUCUCAGUAUGUUGAGAACGUUUUAGUAAACUUUCGUGUCAGUUAAGAGCAUAAAAGUCGUUGGAAAUCAUGGAAUUUUUUUUUUAUCCUAAACAAGGCAGAUAAUGAUUUCCCAUAGCUUCACAAAAAAAAAAAAAAAAAUUGCUGAAGUUUACAUCUUGGAUUAUAAAAAUCUGCCUGAAACUUCUUGAAUGUUGUUAUGGACACUCUGACUGUUAAAGUAAUGUCCCAGCUACGUUGAAUUAACAACCACAGCGUCCACAUCAUCAUUCCAAAGUCCUACACAGAUUUUUGACAUCUGGGAUGUUACUGUAACAACUUUUAUUGCCAUGUUUUUCUUUGAAAGUAAGUUG